CGAGAAAAUUAGCAAAAAUUGUGCAAGCUAUUCCCAAAACGGGCUAAAAUCUCGGUGAUCAGUGUAGCACAAUGCAUAAAAUCGUGUACAAAAAAAACACGGAGAAGCCGGAGCUGCGCGCUCGCUGCUGGUCCGCCGGUGUGGCCUCCACGAUUGUGGCCUGUGUGGUGGCGCCCGUGGACCUUGUGAAAACUCACAUGCAGACCCAAAAGAAUAAGAAGGGCAUGCUGCAAACGGCUGGUAAGGUGAUGCGACUGCGAGGGCCUUUGGGAUUUUACAAUGGCUUCUCGGCGGCUGCCCUGCGCCAGAUGACCAGCACCAAUAUCCGUUUCGGGAUCUACGAGGUGGGCCGCCAUGCGGACGUCGUGCCCAACAGCAAUCUGGCCAAGCUGGGACUGUCGGGCUUUGCCGGAGCCGCGGCCUCGAUCUGCGGCAUACCCAUGGAUCUGAUCAAUGUCCGGAUGCAGAACGACAUGAAGCUACCGCACGGAGAGCGCCGCAACUAUAGGAACAUCGUCGAUGCCUUCGUCCGAAUUUCCAGGGAGGAGGGCUGGCGGGCCCUAUACACCGGUGGCACUUCGGCGGUCCUCAAGGCCGCGGUGAACACCUGUGGCCAGAUAGGGCUGUACGAUAUUGUCAAGACCAAGUUGAGCACACGAUUCGGCAUGAAAGAUGACAUCGUUCUGCACUUUGAUAGCUCUCUAAUAUCCUCGAUCUUCUCCACGGUCAUCUCGCAUCCGUUCGACGUUCUCAAAACGCUUAUGAUGAACGCUCGACCCGGGCAAUUCCCCAGCAUUUCGCAUGCCCUGAAGCACAUGAUGCGGUUUGGCAAGCUUGGACCAUUUCGAGGACUAGCACCGACCAUGUUGCGCAAAGGACCGGCCACAGUUUGCCUCCUCGUCUUCUACGAACAGCUGCGGCUGCGCUUUGGUUAUGUGGACACCAAGAAGCGGGAUUAGGGGCCACAAUUUUGGGCAUUUGAUUGCAGU